AUCUGUCAUUAUUUUUCAAAUAUGGAAAGGUGAAAAAUGUUCUGAACGUCGCAAAGUUAUUUCCACAAACCCAACCCAUAAAAUAACCCAACAAACACCUAAUAUCCGGUAUGCAGUUGCUACACGAACAGAAACCAUUAAUAAAUAACAUCGGAAACAUGAGCGUCAACCUGUCCACGAGGAACCUCUCUACCCACAAUAUAGAGAUAAAAGAGAAGCGGUCUUCGGACUCGUCUCUACGACUGAUGAACCCGGUGGCCAGUGGUGACAAUGUGGCCACCGAGCUGACCACACCGAAACUGAAGGAAGAGAUGCCGCUACUGGUACCAUGUUGCGAGGGCAAAGAGUUACAGAUCAAUCAAGAUUUGGUGCGAAGCGGGCUGUCCGCGAUCUCUAUGAAACAUGAAAGCGUAAUGCAAUGUUUGAGCAUUUCCCAAGCAUCGGAGAGAUCACAAUUAUUUCCUGGACUUGUUAAGCAUCGUAAUUCGUUCCGUUCCCUACAUCGUCCGGACUUGAAAAGGGUGCCGUACUUACGCCGUCUGAGCCCCGACGAGCUGGAAAUGCUGUUCCGCGGCUACGCUGACCUACCCUCACGUGAUACUCUUGCAAAAGAAUACGACGAAACUUCGAAAACAACGUCCACUCGAGGUCAGGAUUUGAGGACUAUUGACUUAUCCAAAAAGACUAUUCAGGAACGCAGCGAUAAUACACUUAAUUCUAAAUCCGAGGCUCGGCCCGCAAAGGAAGAGAUUCCUGUCGGUAUGCGUCUGCACGGCACUCGCGCGCGGCUCUACACCUCAGUACUGGCUGGCACUAAAGCUGGGGACCAACUUAACAAUGCAUCAACUCUAGAAGAUUACGACACCGUGGUGCCCGAAAUAGUACUUCCAGAAGAUGAGGUUCAGCUCAACGAGGAGUUGCAGAUAAUAUUGCCGCCGCGCUCCGACGACGGCGCGGAGUCUGUUAUCACAACUGCCACUGAUAAAACACUGUGCUAGACAUCAUUCUUAAUACAAUACUGAUAAGACUACCCAAACCUUCCUUCCGGACACCUCUAACUGAAAUUCAAUAAUAAGAUUUACUUUUUGUAUCCAAAAUAAAAGUUUUAUUGAUGUUUGUAAA